GUUCCUGUCCAUCCUGUCUUCUAUAAAAAGUGUCAGGUGUUGUAGAAUUCGAUUCAUUGUUUUCUUGGUCGGCUGAAUCUUUAUUUGGAAAAUGUCGCUUGUAGCAAGUCCUUUAUCAGUAGCAGGACAGAGGACCUCAGGGGCUUCAGUUCGGAGUCAAAAUGUAAUGGCUGCAUCUGCAAUAGCCAACAUAGUGAAGAGUUCACUAGGCCCAGUUGGUUUAGAUAAGAUGCUCGUUGACGAUAUUGGUGAUGUAACAGUCACCAAUGAUGGCGCUACAAUUCUGAAACUAUUGGAAGUGGAGCAUCCUGCUGCCAGAGUUUUGGUUGAGCUGGCUCAACUUCAAGAUGAGGAAGUAGGUGAUGGUACAACAUCUGUUGUAAUUAUUGCUGCCGAAUUGUUGAAGAAUGCCGAUGAGCUGGUGAAGCAGAAAAUUCAUCCCACMUCCAUUAUUAGCGGCUAUAGGUUGGCAUGCAAAGAGGCCUGCAGAUACAUCCAAGAUAAUCUCACGAUCCCAGUUGAAGAGCUUGGCAAAGAAUCGCUCAUCAAUGUUGCUAAAACCUCGAUGAGUUCCAAGAUUAUUGGAGCUGAUGCUGAUCUAUUCUCCAACAUGGUAGUAGAAGCAGCUUAUGCUGUAAAAAUUACUGAUGUGCGCGGAAACGCUUUAUACCCAAUCAAAGCAGUGAAUAUUCUGAAAGCUCAUGGACGUAGCGCUAGGGAGAGUAUCUUAGUACAAGGCUAUGCUCUCAAUUGCACUGUAGCUAGUCAGGCCAUGCCAAAGCAAGUGGUUGGAGCAAAAAUUGCUUGCCUGGACUUCUCUUUACAGAAAGCUAAAAUGAAGAUGGGAGUUCAGGUACUUAUUAACGACCCGACGAAACUUGAGGGCGUUCGAGCGCGUGAAUUAGACAUUACUAAAGAACGAAUUCACAAAAUUCUGUCUACAGGUGUCAAUGUUAUCUUGUGCUCAGGAGGUAUUGACGACUUGUGUCUGAAGUACUUUGUUGAAGCCGGCGCUAUCGGCGUUAGGAGAGUUAAAAAAGUCGAUUUGAAGCGAAUUGCAAAAGCUACUGGAGCAACUUUCCUUACAUCGUUGUCAAACAUGGAAGGUGAGGAAUCUUUUGACGCCAGCAUGAUUGGAGAAGCCGCUGAAGUCGUACAGGAAAGGAUAUCUGACGAUGAAUUGAUCAUAAUUAAAAACCCAAAGCAACGAACUGCGGCAUCCAUUAUUCUGCGUGGACCCAAUGAUUUCUAUUGCGAUGAAAUGGAAAGAUCUGUUCAUGAUGCUCUGUCCGUUGUUAAGCGGGUGUUGGAGUCAAAAAGCGUUGUGGUUGGGGGUGGUGCAGUUGAAGCUGCUCUAUCAAUCUAUUUGGAGAACUUUGCCACUUCCGUCAGCAGUAGAGAACAGCUAGCUAUUGCUGAAUUCGCUCACAGUCUUUUGGUUAUUCCGAAGACUUUAGCAGUAAAUGCUGCUAAAGAUGCCACUGACUUGGUAGCUAAACUUAGGGCUUAUCAUAAUUCAAGCCAGACGAAGGUCGAGCAUUCAAGCAUGAAGUAUGUUGGAUUGGAUCUCAUUGAGGGCUCAGUGAAAGAUAAUAGAAAGGCGGGUGUGCUGGAGCCUACGAUUUCAAAAAUCAAGUCUCUAAAGUUUGCUACUGAAGCUGCAAUCACUAUUUUGAGGAUAGAUGAUAUGAUCAAACUAGAUGCUCAGGAGAAAUCUGGAAGAAACUACCAGCAAGCUUUGCAGAGUGGAGAACUGUAUGAUUAAUUGAUUUUUCAGAUAGUUUUUUUAGUGUUAUCAUUUGGAAAGCAUUUAAAACUUGUGUGGUGAAAAGUAUUUCUAAUUUUGACCAUUUCAGUUUUAAAUUAGAUAGAUAUCGGAAUGCAAUUAUAAUUUUACUUCCGAUUUCUAUAUGCGAAAUUUAUGUUCACCGUUCAGUGAUUAAUAUGGCACAUUUAUUUUCUUACGUUUGCAUUUUGUAUUUUUUGUAAAUGUACCCACAUUUGCUAAAGAACUCUUCGAACAUUUACUUGACUAAAUACUCAUAGUUUUCUUUAGCAAAUGCAACCCUUAUAGUGUAAUCCACGUUGCAUUUACGAUUCAAUGUUUAAAUCGCUUUCUAAAUUCCCUUUGCCACUAUUCGCAUUUGCUUUAAUUACCGAAUGUGUUAAGCUAGUACUAAUACCCACACUACUUUUUCAAUAAACAUUUUAAACUAA